CUAUCUCUGUUUUAAAUGGAUUCAGCCUGUUGUCUCUCCUUCACUUUUCCGGCAGCUUCUCGCACCUCCGGCAACCCUUGCUGACUACUUUUCUGUCCCCUUUCUUCAUCGCAAACGACAAAAACUCUGCAAUUUUGAAUUUUAUGACCGGAUGUUAUCAAUUCACACAUAUAAUUACAUACACAGAUGAAUUAUUUGAAAAUACUGUAGAUGGUGACGAUGAUGAAGACGUUAUAAAACGAAGCUAUUCACAGAAGAGAAACUGACGAUUUCCGGGGACGAACACCUGGACAAUUUUAGAAAGUUCGAGUGCGGAUUGUCUUAUCUGAAGAAUAAUAGAGACAUAAUAGUUUGAUUCGUGUACAGUAGGACAAUAUUUACAUUUCUUUUGAUGAACUGAAGGCAACAAUGAAAGAGAGUCCUAUAAGACAUACAAAUCCCUUCUUAUCUGAUGAGGAGAAUGAUAAAGUCAACUUCUGGAACAAUCGAGAACUUGAACUUUCAAUUGUUGAAGAAGAUUUCACGACUAAUCUUGAAUCUUUAGAGAAGGCUCCUUCAUAUUCCUUAGAGAAGGCCAAAGAAUUGUACAUUGAUAAAAAUGUGGAAUGCGAACUGCCAGAGCUUAUAGCAUGUUACCAUGAGAGUGGUUUCCAUGUUGUUAAAGAUAUCUGUGUAGAUGAGGGGGUAUCUCAUGGGGAAAAGAUUGGAAUCCACAAGGUGCAUCGUGGGUUAUCAUGCCAUCCCGUUACUGUUAAUGAAGAUAAACAUGACGACAUGAUUGAAGAAGGUCUUGGUACCCAGUUUUUGAAGCAUCAACAGUCGAUAUCUUCACCAGUGGAAGAAUGUGGCAAGAACACUGAUUUAUUUUCUGUAACCAAAGAAAAACUACAUGCCGACUUUCCUAUCCCAAAACACAGUAUCAGCCAUACGAAUAUUGGGUACAAUCAUGAUGACAUGAUUGGACGAAACCUUGAAACCCAGUUUUUGAAGCAUGAAAAGACACGAUCUUCAUCUGGGGAAGAUGAUUACACAAGUUCUGAUUCAUCUUUUGGAACCAAGGAGAAAACAGAUACUAAUGUGUUCAUUACAGAGCCUACUGAUGAUCAUAGACAUAUGGGCAACUGCUAUGACACAAAGAUUCAUGGUCAGAAUUCAUCACAAGGAAAAGAUUGCAAGGAAGAUGCUACUAAAGUUGCUAAUCAUUCAGUCAUUACAGAUGAGUUAGAGAAUGUGUCUGAAGAUUCUAAUGGACCUUACAACUGUGCAUCUGAUAAGUUGCCAUUGUUUGUAGAAUCUAGUACUGCCCACAGCACUGAAAAUUGCAGUCCUGACAAGUUGAUGCAGACUGGUGAAGAAAACAUAGAUUCAAGUUUCAAUUCACUGGAUAAUUCCUCCAGAGAGCAAUUUGUUUCCUGUAGCACUCUUUCCUUGAACCAAGAUCAACUACCAACAUCCAUCAAAAACUGGGAGUCGUCCAACAAUGGUGUCAAUGAUGUUGGCCAACAGCUUUCUGAGGCACAGGGUCCUGUAGAGGAGAUCUUGAAAAGGCAUCUUGCAGGAUCUGAAGCUGAAGAACUAGUAAGAAACAGCCAUGCCAUCAAUACAUCAACUGAAAUCAAGAUGGAGGAAAACAUCACUUCAAAUUCGGACAAUGUGAAACCAGCAACUUUUAGCAGUCCUGAAUGCAUUCAUGAACUUCCGCCAGACAUGCAAAGUGCAGCUAACCACCAGGAGGAAACUUCAGAUAAUGUCACAGAAUCAAAUCAGUUGCAACAUGGUGGUGGAGAGUCAAGUUUCUCGGUGGCAGGUACUAUUUCAGGACUGAUAACAUACUCCGGGCCUAUAGCAUCUUCUGGUAGCAUGUCUCUUCGAUCAGAUGGUAGCAACACCAGCGUCAGAUCCUUCGCCUUUCCCAUACUACAGACAGAAUGGAACAGUAGUCCUGUAAGAAUGGCGAAAGUGGACCAGAGACGAUCAAAGAAGCAUCGGGGAUGGAAGCAGACCCUUAUGUGCUGUAAAUUCUAAGAGCCUUGUUUGCCUUCAUUAAUAGGUUCUUGGUUCCGUAUACAAAAUCAAAAGUUUACACUAGUUUUAGUAAAUAUAUACACAAGCCAUAUCCAUCAGUGUGGUUUUAGGUAGUUUGUGCUCUUCGCUAAAUUCUAAAAGGUUGUGGUCGUGGUGGAAAAGAGGUCUGUGUUACCGGUUUGAAGUCGACCUACUUGUGUGCCAUUAUUUAGAUGACCAAAAGUUAUCAUUAAUUUGUUUUUAUGAGAUUGCAUUU